AUGUCGCAGCCGUAUGCGGUGGGAACGCGCGGCAUCCUCGGCAGCAGCAGCUGCGAGCGGUGCAACUGCAAGGCGGUGCCGGUGGUGAUCCCGGGGGGGAAGGAGAUUGUGCGGAUGGAGGCGCAGUGCGUGUGCCCCGAGGUGCAGUGUCGGACCAACUACCGCGGCGCCAGCAUUCGCCGAUUCGCGUGCCCGCCACUACAGCAAACGUGUCUGAUCAAUCGGGUGGGGCGGGGCGGCGUGGAUAGCGAGGGGUACAGAAUCGACGUCGGCACGUGCAUAGCGCCGCAAGACGCUUUCAGAGCCACCAACUGCAGCAGUGCGGGUCCCACAUGGGGUAUGAAGUGGUAUGCCCUUGGCACCACCAAUAUUCCUAAGCCUGGAGAUUGGUGCACGCGGUGCAAGUGCGGGCAUAAGGGGCUCACACGGUGUCGCAAGGUGACCAAUUGUACUCCGCCACCUGCCAAAUCGGCCACUGGAUGA